AUCCGCUCCUUAACGAUGCUUACCCCUCAGUUACACAAAGCCUACAGCACGCAUAGCUCAUUGGUCCGCCCCAAACCGCGUCACACCUCCACGCGAUGCGCAGACAACUUCCCAUCCUUACACCCCCUGCGUGGUGACAAUGGGCUUGGCCCGGAGCGUCGCCUGCCUACGUUCAUCCCGAGCGCCGCGCGGCGAGCUGCGAGACUCGGCGAGACUUGCAGAAGGCAUCGGAACCAGCCGAAUGCGUGCGGGCCCGGGGGGACUGCAAGUACCUCGUGCAGCAACUUUUGUACAAAGUUUUUGUCCGAGUGGAGAAAGUGUGUCGCCGUCGAGCUGUGGGCUUGGCCGCCACAGUACCGUUGGGAAUUAGCAGCUUUGGUCGUCGCCAUGUGCCAGUCGACGACAAGAGGAACCGUUUCACAGAGUUUUGGUGCCAGAAAAGUGUCUUGUGGCCGUGCCGACGGUCAGGUGAUGAGGUCCCGUUUGGCGGGGGCGCCGCUACACCGGCGCAGGCGGUUACGUGCGUAUGUUGUGGUUGCGGUGCUGCUGGGGAUGUUUUGGGAGAGCGGCGUGGUGGCUUACAAUGUAGAUCCUGACACAGCCCUCGUGCACCAGGGCGAUGCGGACAGUAUGUUUGGUUUUUCGGUCGCACAACAUAUAGACCAGUCAACAAACUGGAUGCUGAUAGGUGCACCUCGAGCCCAGACUUCACAGAACAACAUCACACGGGGUGGGGCCGUGUUUCGAUGUCGAACCGACCGCCUCAACUCGUGCCAGGAGGUGCCUUUCGAUUCCAAAGGCAACGGGUUGAGGUGGAACAAAAAUGUCUACGUAGAGACUGAAGAGAAGUCCAACCAGUGGUUUGGUGCAACAGUGAAAAGUUCGGGUGAAAAUGGAGUGAUAGUGGCCUGUGCCCCUCGCUAUGUGUACUUCUCCACAACACUGGACAAGCGAGAGCCAGUGGGCACCUGCUACGUUUCCAAGGCCUCCUCCACGGAGUAUCAAGAAUUCUCACCUUGCAGGACAGCUGUGGACAGACGGCCCCUGUAUGACCAGUUUAACAAAGUUGGCUUUUGCCAGCUGGGAUUUUCCACAGCUUUCUCAAGAAAUGGCAAGAAGUUACUGAUUGGAGCUGUGGGCAGCUGGUAUUGGCAAGGUCAGCUGUACAACUACAACAGCCAAGACAACACCAAGUUCGUCUACACUACCGAGGGGCCGGCGGAGGACGAUGACAGCUACAUGGGUUAUGCCAGUGCUGUCGGAGAAUUUGAUGGUGAUGAUAUUGAUGACUACGUGGUGGGCAUUCCAAAGGGGGCAUCUCACCUGGGCAAGAUCGCCAUCUUUACACAAGAUCUCACUAACAUCAACAAUAUAACCGGAGAACAAAUUGGUGCUUAUUUUGGAGCUGCUCUUGCUGUAUCUGAUCUAAAUGGAGAUGGGAAGGAUGAUAUUAUUGUGGGUGCACCUUUCUAUGGAGAUUUUUCUGGUAGUGACUAUGAAACUGGGCGUGUAUACAUAUACUAUCAGACUGCCACAAACGAGUUUAAGUCACACAAGGUUGACAUACUUGAUGGGGAGACAUCUGGAUCAAGAUUUGGGAUGGCUUUAACACAUCUUGGAGACAUCAAUUAUGAUGGAUACAAAGACUUAGCAGUUGGAGCACCUUAUGCAGGUGAAGAGAAGAAAGGUGCUGUUUAUAUAUUCCAUGGCUCUAAGAAAGGAAUCAUCACUCAAGUGUCACAGAUAAUUUAUGCAAAAGAUGUGGCAACAGGCCUGUCCACAUUUGGAAGUGCAUUGUCUGGGGGCUGGGAUCAGGAUGGAAACCAGUACCCAGAUUUGAUUGUUGGAUCCUAUGCCUCCGACAAAGCUGUGUUCUUAAAAACCAGACCAGUGGUGAGGGUGUAUGCUAGCCUCAAGAUUGAACCAGAAAUCAUCAACCUGGAGCAGCAGUCGUGUUCUCUGGUUGACAACACCCGUGUAGCCUGCCUAAGUGUGUACAGCUGUCUAGAGUAUGACGGGAUUGGUGUUCCUAAUGAGCUAGCAUUUGAUGCCAGCUGGGAACUGGACACACUGCAGCGAAAUCUGACACGAGAUGAGCAGCGUGCCUUUUAUAUUUCUACCCCACAAAAUUUCCGUGAAAACAACACCUUUAAGCUUACUCAUAAAAACACCUGGUGUGCAUCCACCUUUGCUUAUGUCAAGCCGGACUUGCUGGACAAGCUCACACCAAUUGCAGUUGACUUCAAAUUCAACUUACAUCAGAAGACACCAAGUGGACGAAAGAGACGUGAUUUGGAACCCAUUCUUGACCAAUACAUUCCUACUUCUGUACGCACAGAAGCCCAGAUUUUGAAGGACUGUGGUUUUGACAACAAAUGCAUUCCAGACUUGACUCUUGUUUCAUUUCGCAUCACAAAUGCCCACAUCAUUGGUAGCGGCACCGAGUUAGAAAUCAUGGUCAUAGUAGAAAACAAAAAAGAAGAUGCAUUCAACACCAAGCUUUUUGUAACACUGCCCCCUGGUGUCAGCUUCCGUAGCAAAGCAGGCGAGAAAUCGGUUGUACCAGUUGGUUGUGGAACUCUGGAUGAUGUUGUUGUCUGUGACCUUGGAAAUCCUCUCCCAUCUGGUGCAAAUUCCAGUUUCACACUGAGAGUUGCUGCUGAAGACAAGAAUGAGACAACAGAUGCUCUCAUCUUUCUUCUGCAUGUAAACAGCACCAACCCAGAGGAUCUGUCAGACACCAGGGACAACACUGUUCAAAUAGAGAUUCCUGUCACUGCAAUGUCAGACAUCACUAUUUAUGGGCGUUCAGACCCAGAGCAAGUUAUCCUCAAUACCACAGAGGUUAUCAGGCCAGGAGUGGAUGAAAAUCGUCGUGUGGAACACUUGUACCAGUUGCGCAACUUGGGGCCAAGUGCCACAAAGGAAAUAGAGUUACAGAUUCUGUGGCCUAGUCACGAUCGCCGUGGCAAUCCAAUUUUGGAACUUGAUGGUAGACUUCAAAUCAACGGAACUGGAGAGUGCCAGACCCUUGUCAUCACACCAGAGAAUGCAACGAAAUAUGGACUUGUUCGGCCUACAGGAAGUGAUGUACAGAUUGUAUUGCAAAGUGAUCAGGAUGACUUUGAAGAUGAGCAUCGUGGGGAUGGGGUUGUUUUGGCUUGCAGUACCCGUCGCUGCACUGUUAUUCAGUGUAUGGUUGGAUACCUCAGUGCUAAUGAUAAUUUCCUCAUCACGAUUAAAUCACGGCUCAAUGUUCGGAACUUCAUUCGGUUGCGGAAGUGGACUGAUAAUGCCCAAGUCUACCAUGUGCGGUCAAGUGCUUCAGCACGCAUCAAGUCGCUGCCAUACAAACUAGUUUCUGUCAACCUCGCACGAUUUGCCAUUGCACGGCAGUCGGUCAUCACUACAAUUAACACGGACAGACUUCGGCCAGGGGCUAAAGGGGUAGAACCAUGGAUUAUUGCUGUAGCUAUAUCUGCUGGUGUCCUAGUGCUGUUGCUCCUGAUAUUGCUGCUGUGGUGGUGUGGCUUCUUCAAGCGAAGGAAACCAGAUGGAGAUUACAUGGUUACAGCUAAACCAGGCAUCGAUAGCAAAAUUUAUGAGUGAGAGAGAUGCUUUAAUGGAAGUCUUUCCAUGGUAUCUGGUCUCAGACUAACACAUCUUUUGUGAGAGAUGAGAGAAUUAAGAGGCGCUAAAAUGUGAGAAAAUUAUUCAGGGAACUUCUUGCUGUAGAUUUGAUGACCAUCUAUAAAAGCAUUUCAUCCCUCCAUGAACAACAGCUUGUGAUAUAGACUUCCUUGUGGUGGCAGCUGCUAGAUAACCAAAUUGUCUCCACAGACUGUUUCAAAAGCUGCAUUCAUCUAACCUUCAUAAAUACUGGAGAGGGUAAUAUUUUAAAAUGCACAUUUAAUUUUUGUGCAAGGUGCUAAUUCACCAGGUUAUUGACAUUUAAUGAAGCAUAAGAAGAAAUUGUUUAUCGGGCCAGUUUACAGCUUAUAACCUGCAUGGACAUUUUGCUGUUAAAUUAACAGCAUGUGAAUAACACAUGAAUGACUGGUAAAAGACAGUGUUAAGCACAGAAAUAUCUUGGAAUAACAGUUGGUCUUUAGUCUUAAUGAAUGAAUGGAUUCAUGAACACAAUUCACGACUAGUGCAAUUUCUUAGCUUGCACUUCAUUGGGUGAGUGGUGUAGUGACACAGAUUACACGUUUGGGAGAAUAGUGGAUUAGCUUCAGUAUUUCUAUGCUUGUUAACAAAUUUCUUUUUUCACUUUUUCAUCAAUCAAAGCUCUUUAACUGUGUGAAAUAUAACCUUUAACAUUUUUGGUAUUGGAUAAAUCUAAACAGUUGUCAGGGUUUUCUAUGUCAGACAAAAACCAUAGAGUUUAGUACUUUUAUAUCUAUCCCUUUGAACUUAUGAAAAGAACUGUUUAAAGAAUAGUCUGUUUAUUUUAAUUCGUAGUAUUUAUAAGCAUAAACCUUCAACAGUAUGACUGCAUGUAUAAACAUGUUUUGAUAUUCAUUUUUUUAAUUGAAAUGAUUUGUCAUUUUCUUUUACCAAACUUUUACAGUGGAAUUUUCCAGGAGGAGGCAAGAUACUGUCUCUUUUCUGUUGUAAUAUCUCUCAUUUUAAAUAAUGGUUUAAAUUAUUUUCUUUUUAUAAAAUAUUAUGGGUUAUUUCUUUAAUUUUUGUACAUAUUGUAUAUCAAAUACUGUUUUCUUAUCCCCAGUUAGCCUCUCUUUGUAUAAAGACAGUCCAGUAGAAGUAAGACUGUUAUAUGAUCAUAUUGUUUAUGAUUGGUGCUAAUUUAUUUUUUACCGGUUAUGCAGGAUGUACAUCAUGGCCUGCCUUCCUGUGUUGUUGUGAGACUAACCUUCAUUCUUAACACAAAAAUACCUGGAUCAAAUCUGUGCCAAAUGUUUUUCUCUACAGUUCCAUUUGUUACAAAGAACCAUGCGUUUUCCUGAGCAUUUCAUUAAAAAAUAUCGGGUUUCUACCUGUGAGUUGAUGAAGGAAUGAUGCUUAAAGAUAAUUAAGCUCUUAGAUUUGUGGACAUCAGUGCUAAUUGUCCUUUUUGAGACAUGGUAUCCUUAUGAACAAGCUUUCAGCAAUGAUCUGAUCUGCUGCCAUAUUGAGAACUGUGAUGAGGAGAAACGUGACUUUGACUCUCUGCUGCUAGCAGUGGUGUCUGUAAUGUGGCCUUUUGUCCCUUGUGGCACAAGCUUUAGUACAAAGCAGAGAUCUGUCAGAAUGUCACUAAGAUGACACUAAUCGUGUAUAUCAUGUGAGGCUGUAUGUUUUCUGAAGUAUCUGAAAUAUAGUGGAUGGUUUUUUUGUUGGUAUGCACAGUUUAUUAAUAUAUAUGUAUUGCUGUUCGUUUUAUUCUGUCAAAGUGGUUGCAUCUGUUUAUGAUAGGUGCCAAGGAUUUAGUGCUUCUCUUGUAAUGUCUGUUAAACUUGAAAGAUUUGUGUCUGUGCACUGGGAGGGUCAAAUGUUUCAAACUUGGAUGCUGUGAAGUUAUCUUGGUUAAUACUAGCCAUAAUGCAUUUUCUGCAGUCUUUCAUUUCAUGCAGACCUAAUGUCACAUACUUUUUAUGUACAGGAUUGUUGUGUUACAGUAGUUUGGAGUUCAUGCUAUAUAGGUAAUUGAUGUAGUGUACAUAGCAGAUCCGUCCAUUUCAUGACCAUAAUUGUUAGCAUUUUCUUACAUAAUUGAUGAGUAGUGCUCAUGAACACUCCAUGACCUGAUCUACUUCUGCUUUAACUGACUAUCCUUGUUCUCUCUGUGGCAUUAAAAACUCUCCCUUUGACAGACUGCUUCAUUUAGGCUGUUAUGUCCCUUCUUUCAUAAUCUUUCCUUGUCUUCAAUUGUUUUCCAAUCACCUUUCAUUCAUCUCUCUCAGUCACAGUCUUUAGUAACUAUUGUUCUGCUGCUGAAAUGGUAAAGCUGCUAAUAUUACCUUGAGCACUUGCUGUACUAUGCAUCCCCCGAAACUCACAGUCUCUAUUCAUCUCACACCUUUUAAAAUGCCUUUUGCUCCUUUUUAAUAAGGGUCAAGGCACACGCUUUGUCAAGAAACCAGUUUGUCUUCCUUGUAAAUGCUAAAUUAUGUUUCCGACACCUAGAUCUCAUAGAAGUGUAACAUCAUUCAGUCCAAAAUUGAGGCACAUUGUCACAAAAUUGUAACAAUGAUAACCUUGGGGCUGUAAGCUUAAGAGUUUGUGAUGAGUUUAUAAACAGUAAAGAAAAAUGUAUCUGCGCAAUACAUUGAUGUUUAUCCCUGAGGGACACAAUACAUUGAUGUUUAUCCUUGAGGGACUUUAACAACUUUUUUUCCAGAUUAAAUGUCUUGACAAUAAGAGCAAAAGCAGCAUAUCUAAGCACUUGGGUUUGUGACAGUCUGCAUGUUGCCAUCAUAUUUUAGUUGAGUAGGAUGGAUUGUUUUUUUUGGAAAUGCUGCUUUUUCACCAAUGCUUCAGAUCAUAAGAUCAAAUUGCGGUUAAGGGGUCUAGCAACACAGAAGAUCAUGGGUCUUUUUCCCAAUCUGAAGUUUAAAACCUCCCUGUUAACAGUAAAUGGCAUUAAUAUUGUCUCAUGUGGGUAAAAUAUGAGGAAGAAAAAAGUGGAAACUGUAUCCUGUAUCCUGCAACAUAACAUGAAAUAUGCUUCUUUGCUAUAAUGCUUUGUAAAAUAAUUUUGACAGCUGGAGAGAAAGGAAUGCUAUUCUGAAUAUUCGCACUCCGUAAGGGUGGAGUGCAUUUUUUUUAUAUUAUGAUUGGAAAGCUUGGGUUAUGUGUUUCACAUUUAUAUAUUGGGAAAUGUUACCGACAUUAAAAGAUGAUUACAAUUUUGUUUAUGUUUCAUAGAAAAUUAUUUCUUUUCAGUUUUGACCAGGACAUAACUGUCUGAAUACUGUUUUGUGUGCUAUACGAACUGUGUGCUGUCAAAUGUGAUGCUAGCUUCAAGGAGUGCCAGUUUACUUUUUGUACUGAAGUCGUGGUGGAGGGGAGUGAAUCUCUCUAGCUCAGUCUUAUACAAAUUAUAUAUAUAUGUCUUUUAACAAAAUUAGAAGAUUCUGUAUUUGUUAUGUUCCCUGUAAUUCAUACUCUUCCCCAAAUGCAAGAUUUCUGGUGAGAAAUGUUAACUUUACUCUGAUACUUUAACAUUCACAGUAACUUGCAGACUUGCAAGCAAACCUAUGCAUCAAAGUUCCUUAUGAAACAGAAAUCCCUCGGGUUUUGUAAUUCCAUUAGUUUAAAAUUUCUUGUUUAUAUGCUUUGAUUCUCAAAUGUGAUUAUGCUUAAAAGCAUUGAAUCAUUCACCAUCUAGAAAAUGUAUAGAAGGCAGAAGAUGGAAUGAAAGUCUCUUUUAUCUCCAAUAUGGCAAAAUCUUGACCUAAUACACAGGUCAGGCUUCCUGCAGACCUCAUGCAGAUCUUUAGCCCUGGUAGCAAAACUUAAUUAGGGUUAGAAUUUUAUUCCUACUCAGCAUUUGGAGAUGGUUCUAAAAUCCCAAGGGUAACAAAAUGCUGGGCUUUGCCUGCCUUUGGUCAGUGUUUAACAUAAUUGACUUAAAUGUGUAUGGACUUUAUUACUAAGCUUUCAAGCAUAAUGAGGAAAAGGAGGUAGAAAUGUUUUCUUGUAUACAUUUAAUGCUAAGCAUGUCUAAUGAACUGCAUAGAUUGGAAGUUACCAUAAAGACAGAAGAACAAGUCUUCAAUGCAAUAUGGAUGACCAUAAGGUUGGCAAAGUACUGAUAUUAAAUCACUUUUGCGCAAGGACAGAUAAUAAGUUAGCGUAUCUUCAUGCUACUAAGAUAAUGUCCCCUUCCCUAUUCCCACAGCAGCUUAUAUUAUAUUUAUAUAAUUUACUAUUCUCUUUCCAUUGGAGACAUCAGCUUCCUUUGGUGAAUUUACCAAAUCUUAAUGCAAACAUAAUUAUUUGUCUUUCUGUAACAUUAAUGACAACCAAGGCAUUUGUAUUUUAGGAAAAUAUUAGAUUACCAGAUUUUAACUUCUUUUACAGUGAGAUGUCCACCACACCAGUUAUUUUAAUGCUCAGCUAUGAAAAAACAAAACCAAGCCCAGACUUAAAACUAGAUAGCACUCUGAUUGGGAAGGAAUUUGAGGAACAGGGUGAAGACAAUAGAAAAAUAUUUUCACAUCUCAUUAGAUCUCAAUGCAUUGUUGUGAUUUUUAGAUAUUUUGUACACAAUAAAUAUAAUGAACACACCAAA